CCUAAGCAGCAUCACCGCAAUCGCAUUAUAGAUUUGGAUCGAGGGAUUCUUCGUUGCAAGGUACAGAGACGACGAUGGGAUCGACGGAGAAGAAGAGAGCCAGAGCCGCAGUGGUCGUCCUUGGCGAUAUCGGUCGCAGCCCGCGCAUGCAGUACCACGCCCUCUCCCUCGCUGAACAGGCAAAUCUAGAGGUGGACAUCGUAGCAAAUGGAGGUAGUGAUCCUUAUGUGGCUAUAAGAGAGAACCAUUCUAUUCAUUUGUACCAAAUGAGGUCCAUACACCUCAGAGGAUUAUCAAAGAUAUCAAGUGCAUUGACACUAGUAAUCAAGGCUGCAUUGCAGUUUGUUAUCUUAGUUUGGUUUCUUUGUGUUAAGAUUCCUCGUCCAGAUGUUUUCCUUGUGCAGAAUCCACCAUCUGUUCCCACAUUAGCUGCUGUCAAACUGUCUAGCUGGUUAAGACGAUCUAAAUUUAUAAUUGAUUGGCACAACUUUGGAUAUACACUUCUUGGGUUAUCCCACGGAAGAAGUCAUAUAAUUGUGAAAACCUACCAUUGGUUUGAAAGUUAUUUUGGGAGGAUGACGGAUGGCUCAUUAUGUGUUACAAGGGCAAUGCAACAUGAACUUGCUGAAAAUUGGCGAAUCAAAGCAACUGUGCUUUAUGAUCAGCCACCUGAGUUCUUCCAUCCUACUUCAAUGAGGCAGAUGCAUGAGUUGUUUUCUAGGUUGCAGAAUGAUAUCUGUCGGCCAAAUGGAGUUUGCGACUAUGUUAGUGCUGUUGCAAUGCAAGAAGGUUUGGAUACUGAUGAGGCCAUCACCGAGUUGAAUCAAUCUAGUGAUACAUUGUUUAGUUCUCAGAUUGACAGUAACAUUUUUUUGAAACCAAACAGACCAGCCCUUGUUGUCAGUAGUACAAGUUGGACUCCAGAUGAAGAUUUUAGCAUACUUCUUCAAGCAGCACUCAUGUAUGAUAGGCGUGUUGCUGCAGCCCUAGGUGAGAAUGAUUCAAUCGUUGAAGAGAAGUUGUGGAUGGACAUCAGCAACGGGGAACAGCAAUUGUACCCUCGAUUGUUGUUUGUCAUAACUGGUAAAGGGCCUGAAAAGAAGAAAUACGAAGAGCAGAUAAAGAAGUUAAAGUUGAGGCGUGUGGCCUUCAGAACGAUGUGGCUAUCAGCUGAGGAUUAUCCAUUGUUACUCGGCUCUGCAGAUCUUGGUGUAUCCCUGCACACUUCUUCAUCUGGUUUGGACCUUCCCAUGAAGGUUGUUGAUAUGUUUGGAUGUGGACUGCCUGUGUGUGCUGCUUCAUAUUCUUGCAUUAAGGAACUUGUUAAAGUUGAGAAAAAUGGGCUACUAUUUUCAUCACCAUCUGAGCUUGCUGAUGAAUUUAUGAUGCUUUUCAAAGGCUUCCCAGAGAAAUGUGAGGCCCUGAAAUCUUUGAAGGAUGGUGCUUUAGCUACAAGCUCAAGCUCAAGAUGGUCCACAGAAUGGGAGAGUCAUGCGUUGCCACUGAUUUCUGAGGUCAUAUCAGAGAAACAAAGAUGACAGCUGGUGGAACCGUCAGUAUUUGAAGAUAAUUCUUUGCUUGAAAUCAAGGAUUUCCACUGAUGUUGUUUCCAUGCCUGAUUCAAUGAUCUUAUAAAUGUCAUGGGGGCAUACAGGACAUAUGAAAGCUACAAACAGCAAUGAGUAAAAACUUGAACAAACUUUUGUUUGGGCUAAUUUUACAUGUAACUGUAUCACAUAUUAUAACUUAGUGUCAUAUUUGGAGUGUGCUUGGAUAUGAUAUCAUUGUUGGAAAGUUAAUUUUGCUG